AAAGAAGAUGAAACACUACCAUUCAGCUUGAAAAUGCCCUUCAGGUAAAGUCUUUUUUGUACUGUAAACAUUUUCAGUUCACUGCUAAUGACAGCUUUACCCCUUCCAGAGAAAAUCCUAGAGAAGUCCAGGGACCUCCAUUUACCAUUACAUGUAGCAAGUCCAGCUUUCACAAUUUCAUCCUGAGUCCUUCAUUAUUCAGGUUGGUGUAUUAUUACCAAAGUGUUCUUAGCAAGUGAGUUUUCGGAAAGGAGUUGAAAUAUUAAUUUCAAAUGUAUUUCAAACGUAAUCAUGCUGUCAUUCACAAUGCAAAUUGUCUCCAACGAAGUAGUCAGUUUAAUCUAAUGGACAAUACCAAUCAUUCUCAUUUUCACAAGGGAACAAUUUUGCCAGAAAUCCUACCGUUAUUGCCUUUGAGCGUUUACAUAAAAAUAAACUAACCACUGACCUAAAAGGUUUGAUUGCUAUCUCAGUUAUUGGUUGUGUCAGCAAUGGCCCCAUAUAGCUUUCUGUGUUUCCUUCACUGUUUCACUGUGGAUAUGUAAUGUUUCUAGAGCCUCCAUUCUCCGACUGGGUCACCAACUGAAGCUAACCCAUCGUUCCAAUUCUCUUCAAACCGUGCUACCAUCUGUCUAAGAAUUGCCAUGAACUUGUUCAAAGUUGUUGCCGUUGUAGCCAUCACGGCAGCGAUCAACGCUGCAUGGGGGUCAGACUUCUGUCCCUCUCUGCCUGCCAUGAACUGUUCCUGCCCAUCAGGGUGGCAACUGUGGAGGAAAGCGUGCUAUCGCCUCACUGAAUCAAAGGCUGACUGGGAGAGCAGCAAGUCAGCUUGUCAAAACCUAGGAGGCAUGAUGGCUGCCCCUCAUUCACUUGAAGAAAUGAAGUUCAUGGCAGAUUUGGCACGGCAGAACAACAGCAACUACAUCGUCUGGAUUGCUUGCAGUGACAAUGAGGUAGAAGGAAACUGGACGUGUGAUGGCCAGGAAGGGAGCAAGCCGUUCAUGGAAUGGCAGCCUCGGCAACCAGAUAAUUAUAGAGGGAAUCAAGACUGUGCUGUAAUAGCUGCAAGACAUGGUGACAGUAUGGAUGAUGGCCGCUGUAGUGAAUCCCAUGAUGCCGUUUGUAUUUGUCAGGCUGCCUGCACUCCUCGCCAAACCCAACCCCGUCGCUACUGCUUCUCUACCGACACCCACGGCCGCAUUCUCAACUCCACCUGCCUCCUCGACCACGUCAUCCGCAACCUUGUCACUGACAGCAUCACUGCCUGUGGCUCAGCCUGCGCCAAGGAGCCCAGAUGUCACUCCUUCAACAUCAAGAAAAACGGAGACGGCAAGAAACUGUGUCAGCUGAACAACAGCACAAGCUCCGAAGACAAGGACAAGUUCCAAACCAUCGGGGAUUUCUGUAUCUACUCAGAAAAUUGCAUGGACUAGAUAUUGACAAUUUUGACCAAGAAUUCUACGAACUUCAACUUGGACUGAAAGAAAACAAUUCUCAUUUUUGCUGCUGACCGUAAACAUGUUUGUGAACCCUGGUUUGUGAGUUUAGCAAUGUCAGCACGUACAACACAUCGUUUCAAUUAACUGCCAAAGGUAAGCAGACAUUGAUGAAACAAUGAAGUCUGGUGUAGAUAUCUGGGCUCUCCUUCUGAACAUUGUUUGUCUGUAUGUACAUGUAAGUCUACAAAUUAGGGGUCCAGUUUUUUUCAUGCCCCUGUCACAUCUGACAUACAGGUAUGAUUUUGUAAGUUCAGAACACAUUUUCUGAUUUCCAAGAGUGAUGAGUUGAUGGAAAUUACCUGCCAAAGAAAUAGUAAUAGUUUGAAAUCAAUUCCGCUGAAAUUUCCAUGUCCACUAACAAAGGUCAGAAAGGUCAGGUCCUCGUUUCUGGAAUUACCCCUGUUUGAACCAAUACACACAGAUCUGUCUAGAAUUAAUCCCAGCAGACGGUUGUCGUACCUGAAGUCCAGUUCUUGACAUUUUCUCUGUCUCUGACAACUCACCACUUUGGAAACAUGGUCAAAAUUGUAAAAAUUGUAAAAAUUGCCUUGGCGUGUUUGGUGUUUAGAAUGUAUCACGUGUGAACACAUGCUUUAAUGUGAAGAUUUUGUCGCUGAAGCCACUAGCCUGUAAAUUUGCAGUGAAGUAUUUGGAAGUGUAAUUUUAUUCUUAUCAGUUCAGUGGUUACGUAUUGAAUGCUUAAACCAACACUUUGUGUUUUGUUGGUUUUAGAAUGAAAUUAUUGAUAUCUUGACUUUGAUUAGUGUUGAAUAUUUUACUUAGCAACAGUUUCAAGCAACAACCAACUGUUAAAUAUCAUGAACCAAUCACGAGACCCUCUGAUUGCACAUUAUAUUUUUUAAAUGAAAUUUAUGGUCACUUUUGUGUCAAAUAAUUUCUGCCAAUAUUUCCAUGUUUUUGUGACACACAAAGUCAGUGUAAGUGUCUAUAUCUGCUCAGCGAAAUAAUUAGUUUUCGACCACUGAUGUACAAAAAAUAAGUAAAAGUUGAAUGCACUACUUCAGGCAUCUACACAAAGUGUUCAAGUCAUUAUUUAAAAUGGACUUUAAUCACUAACUUGAGAUGCCACUGCUGUGUGGAUUUGUGUUUCGAUUUUUUGGGGGGGGUUGUACUGACGAUAACAAAUGACAUUUCCACUACCACAAUUUGAGUCACAAUUGUUUACGGCAGUAAAACGGCCCUCGAUGAUUGAACAUGCAGUUCUUUGCCUGACAUCCGUGUUGAGGAACAGAUUCGUUACCUAAGCUGGAAUAUCCUCACACAUAAAUCGGAAUUUAUUGAAGGUGUGAAGGCCCCACCUUCUUAACAGGUAAAUGUACCGGUAGCCCCUCCCAUUCGGAUUUUGUUCCAGGUUAUGGCAUAAACAAGUCUUUGCAAAUUUUAGCAUAAUCUUUGAUUUGAAAUCAAUCUAAAAAUAGUCUUGACCCUUCAAACUUAAGGUUGCAGUUUUUAAUCCUUCAAUUUUCAAUUGUUACACUGUCGUAACCUCUGACUUGAUCCAACAAUUCCGGCCGUUACAAUUUUGUCGCACGUCUUUCAUUAUUCAGGUUUAUUUACUGCCGAAGCCUGCUUGGCAAGUUCAGCUUAGGGGAGCAGUUGAAAUAUUAAUUUUAAAUGUAUUACAAAAGUAAUCAGCCUAUCAUUCGCAACGGAAAUUGUCACCACCAAAGGAGUCAGUGUAAUCCAAAGGACAAUACCAAUCAUUCUCAUUUUCUUAAGGGAACAGUUUUGCCAGAACUCCUACCGUCAUUACCUUUGAGCGUUAACACAAAAAUAAACUAACCACUGCACUGAAAGGUUUGAUUGCUUUCUCAAUCAUUCUUUGUGUCAGCAACAGACCCAUAAUGAUCUCUUUGGCAAAGUUUAUUUCUCAUUUGGCGUAUCUGGACCUCCAUAUUCAGAAUGGGAAACCCAGAUGAUUCUACGGCAUCAGUUUAAUUAUUUAGAAAAAAAUGUAUUCAAGAGGUAGAAGUCAUCAAUUCUUGCUUUUAUACCAUGGACGGAACGCUUGUAUUACUAAAUUCAUGGAAGAAAAACCAACUGUCCAAAAACAAUGAAUGACAAACUCUAAGCAAUCGACUUCAAUAUUUGCUAACUAUUAUUCACCCCUAGCUCUGACAAAGAUGGCAAUGAAAGGCUUGUCAAUGGUAAUCUCUGCGACAGCUUGGUUGGUCUGCAGUCCGCGUUUUCUAUUGUCGGCUGGCUGCGGUCUCGAGGAUCCGUCUUGUCAAAGAUUGCAUCCAAGUUAGCCCCCUCUUUGGACAAUUUAUGCACUUGUGCUGCACUGGCAUUUUGAUGAGUUUACGUCCCAAUAUUGUUUGAAAUCUCAUACAAAACGAUGCACACAGAGCAUGUAAAUAAUGCAUGACGCAUAAUUUUGCCCCAUGCCAGUUGUCACGAAGCGCUCCAUCGGCGAAAGUGAAAAUUUACUAACCUUAUUUCCAGCGGCAAAUUUAUGGUGAAAUGUGUGCUACAAGAAAUUCCCGAAGGAAAUACGGCUAAAUCGUACUAGUUGGCAGAUGUGCAAUACCAGCAAGAUAUCAUGGCUGAGUGGAUGAUGGUCACCAUAGUGAAUCCAACAUCACUUUUUAGUGUUGGUCAGGCUGCCUGCACUCCUCGCCCAACCCAAUUCCAUCACUGCUGCUUCUCCAGUGACAAUCACAGCCUCAUUUUUAUUGCCGAGGGUGUCACUGUGCAAGGCUCAGCCUGCAGCAAGGAGCUCAGAUGCUGCUCUAGGGCUGAGUCAAUUCGAAUGACUCACUGUUUGAAUAUCCGAAUAUUCAGUCGUACCAACCGGCAGAUUGUUGAUGAGCAAACCAUAUACAAAAUCAGUUGCAAUAACACACACAAUUGUACAUUAUGAUCAAUAUGAUAGCUCCUCACGUCUAGGAAUAUCUCCAGCCAUGAUUUUCCAAGAUUUAAGAGAUGAACAAUACUUCUCGCCCUGUUGAAAAUUUCUGUUCCUUUUAAACUGUUUAACAAAUAAUUUACUUUUUUAAAUUGUACGAUUUCUGACGCUUUUCAUUUGAAUCUCCUUGAAACAAGUGCAAUUUUCUUAUUUAAACAAAACAAGAUUUUUCACUUACUUUUUAUUAAUGUUGCAUUCGAAUAUUCAAAUUCAAAAAAUAAUAUUUGAAUAUUCAUCAAUUAAUUGAAUAUUCGGUUAUUUGGAUAUUCAGCAUAGCCUAUGCUGCUCCCUCCAAAUCAAGAAUAAACAAAAGAGGAAGGAAACUCUUCCAGCUGAACAACAGCCCGCACUCCCAAGUCAAGAAUAAGUUAAAAAAACAAAACAUUGAUUUCAGCGUCGACCUGGAGGAAUGAAUCGGCUAGUUUUGACAAUUUCACAAGCGACGUUUUACAAACAAAGGUAGCGUGAACUGUUUGGAUUCGGUUGUUGGGAAAACAAA